AUGCUUUCCGAAUUGUUUGACGAACUCAUUAUUGACUCGGAUGAUUUUAAUGUUGAUAACCGUUCUCGUCUCAAUUAUACUGACCCAUAUUUAUACGUGCCUUUAGACCGAUCACCUAGAUGGUUCCUUAAUGAUAAUUUACAUAACAAUGGUAACAAGACUCGUGAAUUCGUCCAAAACCGAGCUGCCUUCGCUUAUCUUCAUGGCGAUUAUAUCACCUCAAUGGAUAUUUACUUCCAUUUGUUGGAAAAUGAAACAAAAAAUGGUAGCAGCAGCUCCAUUUUUGCUUUAAUCGAUUCUAUUAUUCGAUGCGGCUUAAAAAUUGCUCCAAUAAAUGGUCCUCAGUUACUCUCGUUUCUUCAAAAACUACACGCACUGGUGUCAACACAGGAUGAACAGUUACAGUACUGGGCAGAAAGUUUGGAGGUGUAUUUAGCAGCUGGAAUCAGUACCAGCGACUAUUUACGGAAUGCAAUUUUAUUAUGUGCCAGUGUCGACUUACCAGAAUUUUGGGUUUUAAUUUCAAAAAAUGCUCCAGACUGUUUUGCAAAUCUUCGAAUUGGAUCAUUGUGCCGCGCUAUUUACAUUCUGGAAAAUCUACUGCCAUCCAAGACUAUAUGCUUCGAUUCUCAUGAUUUUAAACAAAUGAAAGCAGAGCUCCAGGGUCUUUGUAGUAAAGAAAAGUUAUCCGAAGCAAAAGCAGCCGUUUGCAUCGAUCUUGUAAGAAGCGAAAAGGCUAAUACAGCAGUUAACCGUCCUUCUCUCUGUAAAGCUGUCCUGAAGGACAAAAAAGCCGAAGACAUGAUGAUACUUGAAUUCAUUCGUCGUUUUUAUUGGCUGUUUACCGAUGUGAAGCAACAAUCAGUUAAUGACAUGCUACAGAUUUCGUAA